CUAUAUAGAGCUGUCUUUCUCUGUUGUCUUCAUGGAGUCCUUACCCUAUGUGUCUCAUGCUCUCGUUCCCCCGAGACUUCCUCUACCUUCUCAUUCUUCCGAGUUCCCCGUUUCAUCCGGUUCCCUCUUUUGGUUAUGUUUGUCUCUCAUGACUGUUUAUUUUUGUAGUUACCCCUCUGUUUAAAUAAAAACCCUUACCUGCAUUUGGAUCUACCCUCUCUUUGUGUUUUCCCAAACCCAACCGUGACAGAAGGACUCCAUCAUGCCUAGAUCCAGCGGUGUGAGAUUUCGAAUCGGUUCCCCAGCCACCAUGGAGGAACGGAGGGGGAGAGUCCGGAACUUAACCACCCUUCAUCAAGAAGGAAGGGAGGUGGGUGGCCUGGCGCAAUUGUUUUGGACUUUGGCAGUCGGGUUAGGUUACAAUGAUGCAGCACUAAAGGAUUGGUUUAAUAAUUGCCUGGAUGAUCCUUUACCUCAAUGGGAGAUGAAGGGGUUAGAGAUCCUGGACUUUUGGGGGUUUACCAAUUACCUGCACCAUCGUGCUCAGUGGAAUGCAACAACCACACCAGAGUUUCCAGACAAGGCUGCCAGCUCAGCCCCACAACCCAAGAUGGCCACCAGCCCAGCCCCACAGCCCAAGAUGGCCGCCAGCCUAGCGCCACAGCUCAAGAUGGCCGCCAGCCCAGCACCACAGCACAAGAUGGCCGACUCAACGCCACCGACUCUCCAUCGUAGAGGGCGGAGGAGGAGACAGGCAGCUACUGUUCCUCAGGACCCGGAGAACGCUCCCGAGCGGGCGGCUGCCGUCCAUGAGGCCAUUCCCGAUGCGGUGCCCGCUGCUGUUCCGGAGGCGGUGGCCGAGGCUGUUCCCGAUGCGGUGCCCGCUGCUGUUUCCGAGACCGAGGCUGUUCCCGAGAAGGUGCUCGAUGCUGUUCGAGAGGCCGAGGCAAUGCCCGAUGCUGUUCCCGAUGUGGUGCCCGCUGCGGUUCUGGAGGCCGAGACGGUACCCGCUGCUGUUCCGGAGGCCGAGGCGGUGGCCGAGGCCGUUCCCGAUGCGGUUCCCGUUGCUGUUCUGGAGGCCGAGGCGGUGCCCGCUGCUGUUCCGGAGGCCGAGGCGGUGACCGAAGCCGUUCCCGAUGCGGUUCCCGUUGCUGUUCCGGAGGCCGGGGCGGUGGCCGAGGUCGUUCCCGAUGCGGUGCCCGCUGCUGCUCCGGAGGCCGAGGCUGUUCCCGAGGCGGUGCCUGAUGCAGUUCCCGAGGCGGUGCCCGAUGCAGUUCCCGAGGCGGUGCCCGAUGCUGUUCCCGAGGCGGUGCCCGAUGCUGUUCCCGAGGCGGUGCCCGAUGCAGUUCCCGAGGCGGUGCUCGAUGCAGUUCCCGAGGCGGUGCCCGAUGCUGUUCCCGAGGCGGUGCCCGAUGCUGUUCCCGAGGCGGUGCUCGAUGCUGUUCCCGAGGCGGUGCCCGAGGCUGUUCCCGAGGCGGUGUCCGAUGCAGUUCCCGAGGCGGUGCCCGAUGCUGUUCCCGAGGCGGUGCCCGAUACAGUUCCCGAGGCGGUGCCCGAGGCUGUUCCAGAGGCGGUGCCUGAUACAGUUCCCGAGGCGGUGACCACAAGGCCGUGGUGGUCUUCUACUCCGCCCUGGGGGACUCUGGCGGUGACCACGAGGACGUGGUGGUCGUCCGCUCCACCCUGGGGGACUCGGGCGGUGACCACGAGGACGUGGUGGUCGUCCGCUCCGCUCUGGGGGACUCCGGCGGUGACCAUGAGGACGUGGUGGUCUUCUGCUCCGCCCUGGUGGACUCCGGCCUCGACCACAAAGACGUGGUGGUCUUCCGCUCCGCCCUGGAGGGCUUUGACUUUGACCACAAGGCCGUGGUGGUCUUCCGCUCCGCCCUGGUGGACUCCGGCCUCGACCACAAAGAUGUGGUGGUCAUCUGCUCCGUCCUGGUGGACGCCUCAACAUGCCCUUCAUGGACUUAUGUUUUGUGUUUUUUGAAUUCUGUUUCUGUCUGUUCCUUUUAGUUUAGUCUGGCCCUCCUUCCCUCCCCCUGAGCCUCCACCUGUCCGCCUCCCUCCUGGACUCCUUGUUUUGUGUUGCACCUUUCCAUUCCUCCUGGUUGCUCCUGUCCCUGUUUUCUGUCCCUCCGUCCCUCCCCCUGGUCCGCCGCCGUUCCACCUCCCUCCUGCCUCUUUUUCUGUUGGGGUUUUCCUGGGUUUAGGUGGAGCAUCUGGUAGCUGCUCCGUAGGGAGGGGGUAAUGUCACGCUGCCAGUCUUUGUU